CAACAUUUGAAGUCACAGAUGGACCUACGAAAGGAGUUAAGAUCGAAAGUAAACAUCAGAUUAUGGACAAUAUUGUAGAUAUUAGGUGUGUAGUAAAUGGAGUAGAUAAGAACGAGGUAGAUAAC